CUCUGGUUUACAUCGAUUGCUUUAAAUUUAUUUGGCUUCAUCAAUCUAAAAAUUAUAAUUGUUAUUAAAAAAUUACACGGUCAUGCAUUGUGUUUUUUUACAGCCUGAUAUUUGCGAAAAGGAUAAAAAUAUGAAUAAUUAUUUUUAAAAAGAUCAUUUUAAAUGAUAACAAAUGGGAGUUUAGGGUUAUCUGUUUAUUAUUUAUGGUUUUUUUUGCACAGGUAUAACAAUGGAUCUAUUGUUGCUGAGAAAAUUUCGUAGAGAAGACAUGAAGUUAUUUCGCAUUAUGCAUUAUGUAAAAAAAUUACACGAAAAUUCUAUGUAGAAUUUUCCUUGAAAUUACCAACGUUUUGUAUACAAGAGCUAAAUAUGUUAUUUGAGGAAAGAAUUUCCAGUUCCACAGUUGGAAGAAAAUUCUUCUAUAAUCCAAUCUAUAAUCAAAUGUUUUGUAUAGGUCAAACACACAUAUUGCCACUUGUGUAAUGUAAAUAGAUCAUUGAUGAAACAAACUCGAAUCGAAUUUUUAUCUCUACGUAAUUAUAAUGAACAGAUUGGAAGAUAGUCAUAUUAGAUUCAUUAGAUCAUCCUUUUAUAAAAAUGUAUGUUUGCUCACACAAAUGGUACUACCGUCCAAUGCAUUUCAACAACACUUUAGACAGGGUAUGUUUGAUAAACCGAAUACGGCUGGUUUCCUGCAUGUAUCUCAUUAUCUGUCAAUUGUAUACGACGCAACACUUUUUAACCAAAUCGUCAAUUGGCCGAUAUUGUGCAAAAAGGAUGAAGUAACAUAUCGUUUUGAGAUAAAGAACUUUCUUUCCAUUCUUUCGCAAGACAACCCUGACAUCAACUUCCCAUCAAUAUUGCUAUCUCAUCUGAUUCAAUCAGGAGGGAGCAAGUUUCUGAUUAUCAUGUGGAAGCUGUCGCAAGUCGCGCUUAAAAGUUACCUUAAACGAGAAUUUCAAGGAGAAUUGUGCGAUGCACCACGCACAGGUCCAGUGGAUGAUGUAACUGUAACAUACUUUAAUAAUGUAAUUGCUAAAAAAUGUAGUAUUAUAACAGAAACUCAUGAGGAAACACAGAAAAUUCUUGAUACUGCAACUACCUUUUACAAGAACGAGAUUGAAAUAUUAAAUACGUAUAAAUCGGAGAUUUUCGAUAGAAAAGAAGACAUAGAAAGACUAGCUCUUAAUACACUAAUGUCAUCAUUCAUUCAAAAACGAUUGAUAGAUGUAGAAGAUAUAAAUAUCAUAAGUUUAUGGAGAAGAAACAUUUCUGAGAAAAUGCAAUAUAUAUACAAAGAGAAUAAAAAAUUAAUUAUAUUAAAAGAAUCCUGCAAUCGUUUGUACAAACUUGUCCUGAAGAUGAAUACAAAUUCUGGAAUACUUGAUGCAAAUAAGUUUCCCAAAAUUAACUACAAUAAUUUCUUAUUAGAGCAAUCAACAAUUAAUACAAUCAACAAUUUAUAUACGGAUGGUUCCACUAUUUCAUUCUUCACUUUACUUACAUUGCUCUAUCUAACAUUUAUACGAAUGUUAUAUCAUAUAAACGCUGCUGAUUUCUCAGAUCUAUCGCCAUGUUUAUUAUUUAUUCAGAAUGUUUGCUAUCAGACAAAAUUUCUGCAAAUGCUGUUUAAUGCACUGAACAAUAGAAUUAAUAGUAUAUAUAGGGACGAACAAUAUUAUUCUCGAGAAAAUAAAAAUGCUUAUACCAAUGCUGAUACAAUUAACAAAUUAGUAUCUGCAAAUUGCAAAAUAUUGCAAUCUCCCAAAAUUAAUUUUAACUUGAAUAAAUGUGUGGAUGAUAAUCUUUUAUAUGAAAAAUUGUGCUCAUCUGUUAAAGAAAAAGAUAAGGAUUUAUUUAAAAGAUAUCGUGCACAAAAAUAUCGUCCAUCCCACGAGUUGUCUACAGCAUUAUCAGACUUCAACAAUUCUUGGAGCAAUAUGAGUGGAUGGCUAUCUCCCUGUAAACAUUCCAUUAAGCGUAAGCAGGUUUUGGUGAAUGGAAAACCAUUGUCGCCCUUGAAUCUAAAACGUUCAAGAGAAAACAUAUUGUACAGCUCGAGUGUGAGCUAUGAAGGACUGAAUUUAACACCAAGGAAACGACGCUCGAUAUCUAAAAUCUAAAGAUGAAAUAGUGUAUAACUGAUCCUCUGCUUCGCCCGUUUUCGCUCUUCGUAUAGGUGCUCGGAUUGAGAAAAUUGAAAGAAAAACUGAAAAUAUAUUAUUUUUGUCGAAAAUAA